AUGUUCCUCAUAAAUAAUACCCUUCAUACUGCGGCAACCCAGUGGAUGGAACGAACGUUGGACGAUUCAGCGAAUCGCCGGCUAGUUCUGGCAGAAGCUUUUCUAUCAGCUGAUUCAAUUCUAAUGACUCUUCAGAACAUCACAGAGGGAUUGGUUGUUUAUCCCAAAGUCAUCACUAGACAUGUUUUGCAGGAACUGCCCUUCAUGUCCACGGAAAAUAUAAUCAUGGCUAUGGUGAAAGCUGGCGGUGAUAGACAGGUUUGCCAUGAAAAGAUCCGCGUACUGGCACAACAAGCCGGAGCACAAGUGAAGCAACAUGGCUUGGAUAAUGAUUUGGUUGAAAGAAUAAUGAAUGAUUCGUACUUUACGCCAAUCUUAUCGCAACUGGAUGAUUUGUUAGAACCAUCUACUUUUAUUGGUAGAGCGCCCGAGCAGGUGGACGAAUUCCUUGAAGAAGAAGUAUAUCCUUUACUUAAACAUUAUGAAGGAUUGGAAAGUGGAAAAGUAGAACUCAAUAUUUGA